UUACGCGCCGGAAGUGCGCUAUGGCGAGCGGGGACGGUCGGAACGCGGGCGGUGCAGGUGGGGCCUGCGAGUGGCGUUCGCUGCAGCGAGAGGUUCAUUAAGUCUCUAGCUAGUGGCUGCUGCCAUGACUACCCAGGGGGGCCUGGUGGCCAACCGAGGUCGGCGAUUCAAGUGGGCCAUUGAGCUGAGCGGGCCGGGAGGCGGCAGCAGGGGCCGAAGUGACCGUGGCAGCGGACAGGGAGACUCACUCUAUCCAGUCGGUUACUUGGACAAGCAAGUGCCAGAUACCAGCGUGCAAGAGACAGACCGGAUCCUGGUGGAGAAGCGUUGCUGGGACAUUGCCUUGGGUCCCCUCAAACAGAUUCCCAUGAAUCUCUUCAUCAUGUACAUGGCAGGCAAUACCAUCUCCAUCUUCCCCACCAUGAUGGUGUGUAUGAUGGCUUGGCGACCCAUUCAAGCACUUAUGGCCAUUUCAGCCACUUUCAAGAUGCUAGAGAGUUCAAGUCAGAAAUUUCUUCAGGGUUUGGUCUAUCUCAUUGGGAACCUGAUGGGUUUGGCAUUGGCUGUUUACAAGUGCCAGUCUAUGGGACUGUUGCCUACACAUGCAUCAGACUGGCUAGCCUUUAUUGAGCCCCCUGAGAGAAUGGAGUUCAGUGGUGGAGGAUUACUUCUGUGAACCUGAAAAGGCAGCACCUGGUGCCUAAGUAUAUGGGCCUCAUUUACAUCAUGUUUAAGCCUAGUGGCUCCUAAGUAUAUACACUUUUAAAAUAAUCACUCAUGCUGAAAGAACCAGAAGUUUGCUUUUCUUCAUGGUGAGGAGACAUCUUAGAAGGACAAUGUGCAUAUUACUACAAAGAAACUAUACUACAACUCCUGACUGAAAAUAAUGUAGAAAACUUUAUUUAUGUUUCCAGUACAGAGCAAAACAACAAAAUCAGAACUCUAUGUAAACAAAAGAAUAGUAGCUGCUAAACCAAGGACUGUAGCAGCAUUUCCUUUCAAUAAAUUAAAUGGUUGAGAACAAUGC